GCUCCUUGACCAGGGCUCUUCUGAAGCGAGCGAGUUGAGCCUACCGAGCGUGAACGGGCGCAGCAGCGGUGAGUCGAAGAAAACGAUUGGCUUUUCAGAAGAGGUCGAGGUGCAAAGCCCCGAGCAGCCCUGCAGCCCAGCCACCGCCAGCAUGGACUUCCAGGAAACGGAGGAGUGGCAGGCGGAGGCCGGGAUCUCAUCUGUGGGCUGCAACCAGGCCCACGACACGACAUUUCCGCGGCCGAGUUCCGAUUCGCCUGGCCAGAUCGAUCGGAGCCGUGCCCUCUCCACAACUACUCGGGAAGUGAGCGAGAUGCAGGACCAGCUGCAGAUGGCCUCAAUUCGUCGCCGAUCCUUGCGGGUGAGCGCCGUCAUAAAUCAGUUGGAUCUGAACCUGGACGAGGACAAUUGGCACCGCGGCGUGAGCACAGGCAGUGUUUUGCUGCCUACCGAGGACUGGGUGCGCGAAAAACGGCCUUCCAAGGAUUGGGUGCGCGGCGUGAGCGUGGGAAGCAAAUCCGCCAGCCACUCCGGCUCCCCAACUGAGGAGCGGCAAAAGCGCAAGAAAGAGAAGAAGAAGACGCUCUUCGCCCAUGAGGGAGACGAGAAUCAGGAGAUGAAGGAACGUGCACGCACUCUUGCUGCGGCACGGGACAAAUCCGCGGCAGAGCACUCCUUCAGUGCCCAACUAGGCUCUCCGAUCACCAGAUUCGAGCGUCUUCGCUACCGGAUGCGUCGCUUCUUGGGAAGCCCGUCCUUCGAGGUCUUCGUCGGCUGUCUCGUUGCCUCCAAUGCGGUCAUAAUCGGCAUGGAGGCUUUCGAUUGCGUGAAGACCCCAGCCCAGCACAUGCCUAGCAGUGCGACAUGA